GUGCAAAAGAAACAUGGAAUUCUAACACGCGAAGAAGAAGACGAAGAAGCGGAUGUCUGAUUGACUGUUUCCAAGGAGACCACCGAUACUGCUGUAUACGCCGGGCUGCUGGUAAGGGCUGAGGGUCAAAGAACGUCAAGAUGUCUUUUUUAUUCGACUGGAUCUACAAGGGCUUUAGUAGUGUUUUACAGUUCUUAGGUCUGUACAAAAAGUCCGGGAAGCUGGUUUUCCUGGGCCUGGACAAUGCCGGUAAAACAACGCUCCUACACAUGUUAAAAGAUGACCGACUUGGCCAACAUGUGCCGACGCUGCAUCCAACUUCAGAAGAGCUCUCAAUUGGUGGAAUGACAUUUACUACAUUUGAUCUAGGGGGUCAUGUACAAGCUCGGCGAGUGUGGAAGAACUACCUGCCGGCUGUGAAUGGAGUCGUCUUCCUUGUGGACUGUGCGGACCACGACAGACUCUUAGAAUCCAAGACUGAACUGGAUGCUCUUUUAGGAGACGAGACCAUAGCCAAUGUACCGGUGUUGGUGUUGGGUAAUAAAAUUGACCGCAAUGAGGCCAUCAGCGAAGGAGGCCUCAGAGGAGCUUUUGCUCUCGACGCUCAAGUUACCGGAAAGGGAAACGUGUCUUUGAAGGAUCUGAACGGCCGGCCGCUGGAGAUUUUCAUGUGCAGCGUGUUGAAAAAACAAGGCUACGGGGAAGGGUUCCGAUGGUUAUCUCAGUACAUCGACUGACACAACUGGAGCUGAACCAGCAGGGAUUUUCUUGACACAUCUUCACGAGAGCGUGGCAAAGACUCUUUGCCUCUUUGCCGGUGUCAGUCAGCCCAAAUUUCGAAAUACAAGAGCGUAUCAAGAGCAUAUUCUUUAAAAUACUUUAUUCGGGAUUUGAAGGUUUCUAUGCAAACUUUUAAAGUGGUUCAUAGUGAACUGGCCCGCCUGGGUGAUUAAUGUGGGAAUUAAUUCAGUUGUAUAAUUCCAUGCUAUGUUAUUAGGUUACAUCACACCUAAUUACAAUACACAGUCCGACAUGCAUUAUGCAAGAAUGUAGAUACGUAUAUCAGUGUUGCAUUAUUUAAUACGGAAUAGACCAACUGUUGUAGUUAUCUUCAUUAGGAAGCGAGUGUUGGAAAUUAAGAACUCUAGAGGGAUUGUGUUGGCUAGUUUCAUGUACGUCUGACGUGAUAUUAACAUAACUGAAUACAGAAGAUUCAUUUGAGUUCGUUUAAUCUAAUGAUACGGAGCCACUGCCUUCAAAGCGUGUAGCCAAAGAUGUGUGCUCAUCACUUUGGGAUUAGCAGGAAGAGAGAUUGGACUUCAACAAAAGCUAUCUUCCGUGCUGAGCACUGAGCCAAAACAACAUCAAGUCCCCUCUAGAAGCAAACGAGCAGAAGAGACGGCAGGUCCCACUAGUGAAGGCAACGGGGACGAGCUAACUGAGUCAAGCGAAACAGCUCACUGAUGUUGCAAAUAAUUGGCUUAUCAAGUUCAGUGUCUCGAAGGAAUUGGCAUGUUUAAUUUUUUGCUCUUUUGUACACACGCGUCAAACCAAAGUGACGUUACAGUUGCGGUGAAGGCAGCUAUCUUUGAGGAGUGUUGGACUGAAAUACGUCUUAUCUUUGACUUUGGGCUGUCAGCACAGAACUCGUAGAUAAGACGUCCACACGGGACUGUCAUGACGUUCAAUGGCUGCCCUCGCUUUAUUAUAUCAAUGUCCGUAGUAACUUAAUUCUCCUUAAAAUGUUGGUAAGCAAUAAAAUAGAAUGACCAACUAUAAGGUUUCCGAGACGAUCUUACUCCUCUGUAUUUGAGAGCAAGACGGAUUUCUGUAGUUCUGAACCUGUUAAUUUAACCAGCUAAUUUUUUUUUUGUUAUUUAAUCUAAUCGCAUCUAUAGCCUAAACAAUCAAUGUGCAUGAAAUCAGCAUGGAGGCAGUGGAACAGGGUUGAAGCGCUGCAGUUUAUGCACUUUUUGACUAUUUGAAAAAGAUAUGAGAGUGCACUUUCGAAUAUUAACAUGCUGACCCCGUAGAUUAUUAUUCAAACCUUAUUCUGGGUGUUUGGGUCCGUACACGUAAAACAUUUUUAAAACAACCUGGUAAAGAUUUGAUGCUUAUCACGAGGAGCUGUAAAUAGAUCAUAGUGAAGUGAAACAUUUGAUCAUUGUACCCCACUUAUUAUUUACAGCAUACCGUGUUUACAGACCAACAUUCUACCCAUUAAAAGAGGCAGCGAGGUUUGUGACUGAGAUAAAAGUGAACAUACACGAGAAAUAGAUUUUUUUAUAGGGAAUAUUGAGCAUUUACUGAGGUACAGAACACAUGAAAACAAACCAACUUCCCCUUUGAACAGUGUUCCUUACCAGUGGCCAAACUCCUCUAAAUGAUGUAUAAUAAGAUGUAAAUGUUUGUACAGUUACUGCCUAUAAGCCGACACUAAUAAAAUAGGGCAAUUGUUUAUAGCGGAUUAUAAUAUAAUUCAUAUUUGCAGCGAUUAUUUGUGCAAAUACUUUCAACUUGAAUGACAUCAUGCUGACAUACGGUUCUAUCCAUGUGAGGAUGUAAUAAAAACAACUGUGUUUUUUGGACUCAACUGACUAAA